AUGGAACCUGAAGAACCUCAGCAGCAAAAACAUGGUGGAGGUCCAAAUAUUGGUGAAGAGGAAACGAAAACAGGAGGUGGUGAAGAAACAACUCCAACUGUUGAGUCUGCUGCAUCUAAGGUACCACCCGGUAGAAAAAAAUCAAGAGCAUGGCAAAACUUCAAGAAAUUAGAGAAUAAGUACAAAGCUAAGUGUAAUCAUUGUGGUUUAGAAGUUUGCAUUAGAUCAGCAUCUGGUGUCAACACUACUACUAUGUUGAAACAUAUGGAAAGAUGUAAGAAGCUACAUCCAGAACUUGAUGAGAUUGAGACUGUUGCUGGUAAAAGAAUGAAGCAAGCAACCUUACUGAAUCAACCUAAAAAAGAUAAGAAUAGUGAAGCUGUUCCAUCAUAUUUGCCAUAUGAUAAAGAUGAUUGCCGAAAAGGAUUGUAG